GCAGUGCGCCUGCGUGGCCCGCUGCGCAGGCGCAGGCGCGAGGUGGCCCUUGGCGGUCGAAAGGGGAAUUCAAGGAGACGGGGGCGACGCGUUUGCGGGAGCCUCCUCGGGUUUGGGGCUACCGCCAUCAUGCCGGGGAUAGUGGAGCUGCCUACUCUGGAGGAUCUGAAAGUGCAGGAGGUGAAAGUCAGUUCUUCGGUGCUCAAAGCUGCCGCCCAUCACUAUGGAGUUCAGUGUGAUAAGCCCAACAAGGAGUUCAUGCUCUGCCGCUGGGAAGAGAAAGACCCCAGGCGGUGUUUAGAGGAAGGCAAGCUCGUCAACAAGUGUGCUCUGGACUUCUUCAGGUAACGAUUC